GUGCGAUAAAAACAACCUGGAUUUUCUGGAAUCGGACUGUGCUUCAUAAAUUGUGAUUUAGCCUACGAGAUCCACGUGCCCUACCCAUGUAAGCGAACACUAACCACAGUUGACUAACGUUAUCUCGCUAUGAAGAAAAAUGUACAAUUGCACUCCAACCGUGCCGGGGCCGGGAUGCACAUGGAGGGCUAUGACGAGUUCUGCUCCCGCAGUCUGGUCCGGCUCCAGACCAAGAGUGAGGCGGCGGCGUGCGGCAGGUCCUCCGUCCAGCAGGAGGCGCUGUCCAUCAUCAGGUUCCACGGAAGGGCUGUGCUCGCACCUCUGCUGAGCGUGGAUCAGCGCAGGGAGAUGACGCAGUACAGACAGAGGGCUGCGCAGCUGGAAGCAGACAGACUGCGCAGGGCUAAUCUGCUGGCCCGGGUUCAGGACAUCAUAGACAGCGUGCAGGUGCGGAAGGGAACGGGGGAGUGUGAGGGCCCCGCCUCUCCCGCCCGCAGCCCCCCAAAAUCCGAGGUCAUGAACGGCUUCGCCCUGCUGCCCAACAUGUCCAGCCCGCCCUGGGGUGCGCGGGACAGGGAGGCCCGAAACGCGGACCCCCCUGCGCUGAGGCGGAGCCUGACGCUGCCCAACGGGAUGGGAGAGGGGGUGGAGGGGUGCGAGGAGGGGGAGGGGGCGGCGUGCGGGGGGCGCAGUCUGAGCCUGCAGGCCCUGCUGAGGAAGUCGCGUGCGUACCUGGAGCGGGAGCACGGCCGCCGGGGAGCCUGGGCCGGCGGGAGGGGGCGGGGCGCGCCCCCGCAGGCCGAGAGCCUCUCCGACAAGGAGAACGAGAGCAGCGGGGGCGAGCAGGGCACGGAGAGGCGGAGCCAGAGCCCCCUGACCCCGCCCACACGCCCGCCCCCCUCAGAGCCGGACCUUUCCCCCGACUCGCUGCUGGAGCGCGUCCCGCGCAGCCUGACCGGGUCCUACGCCCGGCUGCCCAGCCCCGAGCCCAGCCUCAGUCCCCGCCCACACCGCCGCAGGCCCCGCCCCUUCUCCGCCGGCAACAUCCUCAUCUCCUGCCCCAUGAGUGCCGCCGAGCUCAGUCCAGGGAAGGGCCAGGAGGGGGGCGAGCCGGGGGCCUGGGGGGCAGCGGCCCGGGACGCCGCCCCAGAGAGGAGGUCUCCGAACUGCCGCUCUCCUGCUGACUCGCCGCCGCCCUCUGCUGUUGCCCUCCGGAACAGCGGCCAGUCUGGCGCCCGGCAGCUCCGUGGCCUGCCCGCUCCGGUCAGCACCUCCGCCCCGGGUCCCGCCGGGCCGGACGCCACCCCGCCGGGGAUCCGCCGGCGGUCCAACACGCUGGACAGCUCCGCGCGCCCCGCCCAGUCCGGACCCCCGCUGGACCGGAGCCAGGAGGGAACCCCGCGGCUCCUGGGGGGCCCGGCCCAACGAGCCGCCCGCCGCCGCUCUCCGCCCGUGGCCCUCAACCAGUCCUACGACAUCGAGAGCCCUUCGCCAAUGCUGCAGCGGCCCCAUGUGACCUCAGAACCCGCCCCCGGCUUCAUCAAGCACCAAUCAGAGCUGGAGGGCUCGCACGAGGGCAGAGCCGUGCUCAGCCCCUUGCCUGUGUGGGAGCAGAACAGAGCCAGCGAGGAGGUGCAGAGGCGGGUCACGGCUCUGGAGGAGGCGCGGCGGCAGAUGGAGGAGGAGCACGCCCAGCAGCUGUCCCUGCUCAUCGCCGAGCAAGAGAAGGAGCAACAGCACCUCCGACAGGAGCUGGAGGAGAGAGACUGGGCACUCAGAGGGCAGGGCGGAGACCAGGCCUUGAGUGACAGCCUGACCACUGCUGAGCGAUCUCCUGCGCAUAGCAUCGGGUGCCUCCCUGUGUUCAGUCCUGGGGUCCCCCUCCCGGCGGCCCAUUCCCCUGCCUACCGCCGGGGGCCCUCCUGGGGGGCCGGCAAACCCCGGAGCAGACUGAACCAGGUGGUGUUUCCUCCAGAGCUGCAGGGGGCGCUGUGUCGUUUGAGUGCUGUGGCACGGGGCUUCCUCACCCGCAGACUCCUCAAAACAGAGAAGCUCAAACACCUGCGCCAGACUGUGCUGGACACUCGGGCGUUCAUCCAGUCGUUCCAGACUGAAGCUCUUCUGAAGAGGGGCUCCCUCUCUGCACAGGAUGUCUCUCUGCAGGAGAGGCUCAGAGUCCAGGUAACAGCCUGCAUUCACACACUGCCUAACUGCCUGCUGCAGCAGGACAGAGAGUUGCGUACUGAGAGGAAGCUCAGAGAGAUGAACAAAGGGAGGAGCCCGAGGGAGAGGGCGGUCCUUUCAGCCGCCACUCAGAGAUCACUGGACAGGAAGAAGCAGAGGGUCACUAACACACCAGGACAGGGCAAGAGGUCACAGCAGAAGCCAAAGAGCCCCCCUAUCAACAGAGUUCUGCAGCCCAACCAGGGCUUGAACGCCCCUCUCCCAGGCCAGCCUCUGAGACACGGGAGCCUGAGCAGGAAGAACCCGGAGGAACGAGUGAAGCGGGUGGACAGCCUGAAGAAGCCCAACUCGCUGGGUUAGCCCCCCCUCUCCCCACACCACCACCCCUUACACACUUAUGACACUACCCCCCACCUGCAAUCUAAUCUCAGCACACACCCCCCCCACGACCAAUACACCGACGCCUGCAAACCUUCAGUCCCAUGGCAACAUUUUCCAUGCCAACACCUCAGCAUUCCUUUGACCCCCCCCCCCCCCAAAGCACCUCUACAUGUCAAGCCCGAGUGCCAAGAUUUGCAAACGUCCCACACUAAGACCCCAGACCACCCCCCUUCCACUUCCAUACCCACGUGGGCCCUGAGAGGGGGAGGUGGCGAGGGGGUUGCCAGUUCUGCUGUUCUGCUCUGGGGAACACAGCCUGCUCCGGAGGCAAUGGGGGAACAUAACCUGCUCCUCCAGUCUCCCCUAAAAUCCUCACCGUUUCCCUCCGUCUCUUUUACACUCAGCAUGGUCCCCCGCUCCCUCAGGCAGAUGUGCUGUUUCGGUGCUCACGCAGAUGUGCUGUUUCAGUGCUCACGCAGAUG